ACUACUGCGCAUCACUACUGCGCAGAUAUCAGCAUCGCUGGGGGUCAAGUUGCCAGGUCGAGGGGACAAAUGGGUUGAAAUUCGUGUGUGUCGAUUGUGUGAGAAGUAUGUUUCAUACAAGAUCCGGCAACUGGACAACCUUGGGAUAUAUUGAGGAUGAGCGCAUCGAUGGCCUGUAAGAGUCAACACGCAGCAGAUGUGUAUGUGUCCGAGCCCGUGGGUCAAAGUUCAGAGCUCAGCCUGGUGGAGAUGACCGAGGUAGAGUACUUACAGCACAUUAUUCAGAGCCACAUCGAUGCUCAGGUGACCGAGACGGACAGCUCGGGCCUUUCACAGCUUGAAGAAAGCCUGUACGAGGAGCCAGAGAGGACAUCAGCGGGGUCCAGCGACACGGGGCCCGUGGACCUGCAGGACAUUAAGAUGCUGUUGCUGAGCGAGUCGAACACGACGCCUGCCAGCGGUGCCGAGGUGCCCGGCUCCGUGCUGAGCAGAGUCCAGUGUGUCGUGGGAGAGAGGGCCGACGAGCGGCCCCUGGAGGAGAGACCCAGCCCAGCUGCUCGCGUCUGCCUGGAGAAGAGAUUUUUAUCAAUGCUUUGCCAUUCUACAAACACUUCAGGGAUAGCCACACAUGCACAAAUAGAGAAAUGGAGCAAACCAGACAAGAUGGUGAAAAUACAGGGCACGUAUCCAUACGAAGGACGUCUGUUCAAAUCGGGUGGGCAGCAGUCUGAGCUGGUCAUUCCUACAGAGCUGACCGUGAGUUUCAGAGCAGAUAAAGAGUCUGUGAUGAGAGCUCCGCUGGUCAUUUACACAGACACUGCUGACCAGCAAACCGCAGACACACUGAAGAAUGAGGAGUUGGAUAAAGCUGCACACGCCAUCAAGCGUGUCCGCACAAGGCCUCUCAGGUCGUCUAAUAUCAUGCAGGACUUGGAGAACUGGAAGCCGUACGGCGGUAUGUCUGGGACUAAACGUUGCAGGACAAGACCUCUCAUGGACCGAACUCAGCGCAAAGAAGUUCACAACAGAAAGGAGCGCGACCGCAGGAGGAGAAUCCGUCUGUGCUGUGACGAGUUAAACCUGCUGGUGCCGUUCUGUUAUGCUGACACCGAUAAAGCCACCACACUGCAGUGGACCACAGCCUUCCUCAAAUAUAUUCAGGAAAUACACGGAGACCGACUCAAGCAGGAUUUCCAGAGCACUUUCUGUGGCAAGACUGGACUGCGGCUGAAGCCUAGUUGUGUUUCCGUGGCACAUCUCCUCGAACCCUAUAAAAACACGACAGAAGCUGCGGACUCAUCCUCGCACAGCUGACUCCCUGUUCUCUGCUGCGUGUAGAAGCUCAGCGAUGGGAAUGUGCAACUUUAGUUUGUCUUUAAUGUUUGUCAUGUGGGUUUAUUACAUGAUACUAGUUCCUCUCUUCCACUAGUCCGUGUCCAGAAGACCCUGAGCGUUUGUUGUCUUAGACCAGCUCGAGUGUAGAACAAGACCGGAGAGAAAACCCUACUGUAAUAUAGUUCACAAAUUAAGAGAAGUUGUGCUGUGUAUUUUUGUUUGUAUGUUUAUGCCUUGUUUGUUUGAAAGGCACGACCAUUUGUUGUUUUAAUGUAUGUUAUUUUAUAUUUAAUGUAUUUAUUAUUAGUGUACUAACGAACGUUCAGAGAAAUACUUUACUGAAAAGUGGCUUUAUUCAGUUUUUCUUACAAUACCAUGCUGUAGAAACUCACUGUACACAACAGUAACUCAGAAAUAAUAAAUAGUAUUUAAAAUCAUAUUUAAUAGUUUUACAGCACCAUUAUCUAGUGGAUAAGGUUGAUAAAGCCCACAGAUAGCCAAUGACAUAUUUUACAGUAAGCAUCUCCAUCGAUGCUUGAAGUUUGUUCCUCAAACAGUGACUUUGAAUGUUAAACUUUUAAGAACUAAAUGUAAACGUAAGAAUAAAAUGGCAAAGAAAAUCAAUUUGCAGUAAUACAUCCAAUAUUCUGGUUUCAUUUCUUGAUGCCUCAAACAAGCCUCCAGUUUUUGCUGAUGUGGAGGUCACUGUAAAGCCCCUCAUGAGGCUCAGGGUUGUACUCCAUUACACUUUUAAAGGGUGCUGUACAAGAAGACUUCUAAAACAAGGACUGAAUUAUUAUUUUCACGGUGUGAUGCGUUUAGUCUUUUGCUGUAUCUACACACGUUGGAGUUCACAGAUGCUCCGCUCUGAUGCUCAGUGUUCGUUCGGCUCUGACAUCCUCUGACACUUCUUCAGUUGCGUUUCUCCUCCAGGA